ACAGUAUGCUUCUGUCAAUGGUGUGCGAUAUGCUUGCCUUGUAUCAAUUGUCUGCCUGUCUAUUGACCUAUCAGUAUCACACUUAAGUGAUGCUACUGUCUUAUGGACUUCUGUCAGUACAGUAUCUACCCUCAUAACCCAGUACUACAGUAUACUGUACUCGGUGCCUACUGUAGAGAUAAUGUUGUAUUGUGCAGUAGUUAUUCGUGCUUUAGUUUGAAAAAGUAUGCUAUGUCUACUUUAUCUUAAAACAGGUCAGCUGUUCAGAUUUCUGUCUGACCACAAUUUACACUAUUCCACAACUUCUUAUAUUUCCUAAGUCAUUGGCUAUUUCAGACAGGUUCACUUGUGAUCAACAACUACCUGACCCAGACACUCGAGGAGAGCUUGGCGAGGUUCCCCAUGUUUCCUUUCAUUUGUGGAGGAGGGUUGGGGUUUAGGGCUGUGGGGACAUGUAGGGGGAUCUGCGUGUGUCCCUGUAUUUAGUUACAGACCACCAGCGAUUUUGACACAGCCAGAUGGGGUCAAAGAGUUGUUUACAAGUAUGAUUGGUCGGCCCACUCCUGUUAGCUAAAGGUGAGGUUUGGUUCAUUCAAUCGAUUUUCUUAAGGGCACUAGGAAUGUUUCUCACCAUUUUGAGGAAUCAACACUUCUACAUGGACAUGUUAUUCUUAGUAGGGAGUUGAGCAGAAUUUGAGUUGUUCUACGAUUGAGAACCUCAAAAAAACAAGAAAUACAGAAACACUUCAAGUGACUGUUAGGAAUGCAGUUUGCCAUACAGUUGCACUUCCUCCUAAAAUGCCUCUCACCAAAUAAAUCCUUGCAUAAAAUAUGUCCGCUCCAGCUUUAGUACUGACAGGUGAACAGAAGGUCGGGGUCAUCUACUACACCCCUUCACCAAAGGAUCUGAUGACCACAUGAGUGAGAGUGUGACUGGCCUAUUUGUAAAGCAGUGGGGGAGUACAUGAGAUGUGGCUUUGGCUGACCCAUGGACUGAUAAUGACCUUAACGUGAUAACGCAACUAAAUCAACAAAUACUAUGUAGGAAUAGGCAAAUAGUCCACUGUUUCAAGGCAGCCGGUGGUAAAUACAUGGGUCCUGGCCCGAGGUCAGAUACUGCAGAAGCAAGUGAUGACAUACAGUCCAACAUAAUUGGUAACCUUGAUAAAGAUGAGCAAAAAGUACUGUAUAAAAUAACUAAUUCAAAUACUGAGCUAUAUUGUAUGCUCAAAUAGUAAAAAAACAAAUACUUUUAUACUAAUACAAUUGUUAAGUGAAAUAGAUUUUGUUUAACAAGUAAUACAAAUAAUUCUCAACAAGAUUGGUGUCAACAUUUCUAAAAUGUUUUAUGAGGUUGGAGAACACAUUGCAAGGGAUCUUAGACCAUUCCUCUAUACAGAAUUUUUCCAGAUUGUUUUGUCUGUGCUUAUGGGACUGCCUUCUUAAAUUCAAACCACAGGUUUUCAAUGGGGUUCAAGUCCGGAGACUGAGAUGGCCAUUGCAAAAUGUUGAUGUUGUGAUCAAUUAACAAUUUCUUUGUGGUUUUUGAUUAGUGCUUGGAGUUAUUGUCUUGCUGGAAAAUCCACUUGCGGACAGUUUUCAGCUUCCUGGCAAAGGCAAUCAGUUUUUUUUGCUAAAAUGUCCUGGUACUUGGGAGAGUUCAUGAUGCCGUUGACCUUUUAUCAAGGGCCCCAGGACCAGUGGAAGCAAAACAGCCCCAUAACAUCAAAGAUCCACCACCAUAUUUUGCAUAACGAGUGAUCAUGGAGAGCUUCUCUCCGCUGGUCCUGUCCAUCGCCGCCACCAGCUUUGUGACGUUCCAGUGUCUGUUCCACUUUGUCAGCCCCUGGAUCUCUGCUCAGUUCUUUCCUGGGUACCACCGUCUCAGUCCCAGACACACCAUAGAGUGGAACUCCAGAACUGUGUCUACUUUGCACGCCUUGAUAGUGGGGCUUUUUUGUCUCUACAUAUUACUUCAUGAUGAUGCAGUCAAUUAUGACCCUGUCUGGGGAGAUCCGUCACUGGUGAAAAUAAAUGUGGCCAUAACCUGUGGCUACCUCCUAUCAGAUAUGCUGCUCAUAUGUUACUAUUGGCGGGCGAUAGGGGACAAGUUUUUUGUAAUCCACCACCUGGCAGCACUCUAUGCUUACUACUAUGUACUGAGCACAGGAAUGUUGCCUUAUUUUGCUAACUUCCGUCUGGUCGCAGAGCUUUCCACUCCUUGUGUGAAUCAGCGCUGGUUCUUUGAAGUGCUUGGUUACCCAAAAAGAUCAUUACCAAAUAUGGUCAACGGCAUUGCCAUGACGGCAUCCUUCUUCCUGGUGAGGAUAGCGGUCAUGCCACUGUACUACAGCCGGAUGUAUGCCGUGUACGGGACGGAACCCUUCUACCGGGUAACCUUUGGUGGCCGCUGUGCCUGGAUGGGCCCCAGUUUCUGUCUAGACAUUAUGAACGUGAUGUGGAUGCAUAAAAUGGCCCGUGGCUGCAUUGGUGUCCUGCGUUCUCCUGGAAAAGUGAACGUGGAAAAGCUGCAGAAUGGGAAAGUGCACUGAGGGAUUGAAAAAGGCAAUGAUGGUGUUAUUUUAUUAUAUGUCUGCUUCAAAUGGUUCAUGGGCAUUUUUGGAUCAAAUGGUUCAUGGACUGGAAAUGUCAUGAGAGUCCCUAUUAUCCCAUGACCAGCCCUAGGUAAAUUGCGUACCACUACACUUAUCUGCCUAGAAUACUUACAAUUAAACAAGCGCUAAAGUCCUCCACCAUGAUGGGAGGGGACAUCAUAAAAGCCAUUGGACUAUCUCUCCUCUUGGUCAUUACAGAUAGAGAAUAAGUGAAUGGACGGUGUGACAUCAUGGAUGGAAACAGACAGACAAAUACCCUUGUCUGCUGGACCCUUUGUUUCUAAAUUGUUUAUGUCCACCCAACGGUGUCUUGUGCAUAUUGCCAAAAUGAUAUGAACUGACAUGGAUGAGAAUGGAAGAGGAGCUCACAUAUUUUUCUAAUGUUUAUGAAGCUGUAAAGAUGGCUCUUGCAAAAAUAUCAUGAGAGAUAUAUAUAUGAACAAAAAUAACCUAAUUUACUUACCUAAUUACUCAUUAAAUCUGUGUUUUCACCAGCAUUAGAAUGUAAAAGAUGUAUAUUAAUCAGACUCCUACUGAAGUCUCUGCUCAGGAGCCUGCUCAUGUUUGGAACAUACAGUAGGCCUAGGAAUUAUCAGUCAUGUGCAUAAAUUAUCAGGGUAGCUUAAGACAAACCAUAGGAAACAUGCCAGAUUGUGUCAUUUUAUCUCUAGAAGUGACCUUACUAAGUGAUUUAUGAUAACAGCCAUGAAAGUGCACUUAUGUCUAACCGACACACACACAGUAGAACUUCACACAAGCAACUUUGCAGAGUUAACAAAUGAUUGAUAAUACUUCAUUAUUAACUGUUGAAACAGAGCUUCAUAAUGUGAAAUCCCUGUUUGAUUUCUGGAUGAGAAUAUGUUAUUUAUUGUGACAUUUACAGCCAUGGUAGUUUUAAUAUUUCAUUUAAAAAAAAAAAACAUUUUAGUAAUGUACUCUUCUUUGAGUAAGUGAUAACUAAAUGUCCAUAGCUGCUUUAAAUAGUCUUCAGUUGUCAUUCAGUUGUCAGCAGACAACAUGUGUUUGCUUGUGUCUGCUGUUGAGAUGUCCUGCUCUCGUGUGGAGACAAUGCGGGACUGCAAACAUUGUAUUUUCCAUUUUGUCAAGACUGAACGUACUCAAAGGGAGGGUACAGAGGGCAAGGCGCAUUGAGCAAUAUUCAUAAACAAAUGAUUGAUGUUAACCUUGGUUUAGUGUAAUUUGGUCAUCACAUUGUUUUGUCUAUACUUAUGGCUACUUUGCCCACCAUUAUUACCUCUGUCUGUUGUUAAAAACGUGCUAUUAUGCAUGCGUGUAUUUUUUUGGGAAUUUGAAUUACAUUAAAUACUUUGAUUCACUCACAAUCAUUUAAAAAAGUUAUCCAGAAAACAUACAUGUUUAUUUACUGUAGGGGAUGUUGGCAUGUUUUUCUCAUUGGGAGAAUCUCAAUUGGAUACUCAUCGCAUAUUCUCUCCUUCUCAACCCAUUUGAGUGGAAGGUCAGAGGGGUGGGACCUCUGGCUUUCUCAUCCAAUGGGUUUUGAGAAGGAGGCAAGGAGAGGACGCGAGGAGAAUGCAAUUGAGAUAUAUUUUGGGGCGGAAGGUAGCUUAGUGGUUAGAGGGUUGGACCAGUAACCGAAAGGUUCGUGGAAUGAAUUCCUGAGCUGACAAGGUAAAAAUCUGUUGUUCUGCCCCUGAACAAGGCCAUUAACCCACUGUUCCUAGGACGUCAUUGUAAAUAAGAAUUUGUUCUUAACUGACUUGACUAGUUAAAUAAAAAGAAAUACAUUCCCUA